AUGAACGAGUUUGAUAAACAAAUUGUUGUCAAGAAUUUGGUGGCAUCUCAAAGAUGUGGUGUGUGUCUAAUUGAGGAGACAAAAAUUCAGUACAUGUCUGACUGGUUUGUUAGGCAGCUGUGGUAUGAUGAUAAUUUUGACUGGAAUUAUAUUCCACCAGUAGGAAGUAGUGGAGGAAUGUUAUGCAUUUGGGAUAGUAUCAAGUUUAAAAAAUUGCAGGAAAGAUUGGGAUUUAACAACAUUACGACUGUGUUUUCUAACAUAAGUAAUGAUUUUCAAUGGGUUGUAACUAAUGCCUAUAGUCCUUGUGAGUACAAUUUUUGGAGUGAUUUUUGGGAUGAUAAGAAUGAAGCUAGAAGGUGGUGGAAUGGUCCAAUAUGUAUAGCUGGAGAUAUGAACGCAGUGAGAACUAAUGAAGAGAGAAACAGAGGGGAUGGAGACAGCAGGAAUGUGGUGUUUCUCAAUAACUUCAUUACGGAGCAUGCUCUGAUUGGUCAACCUUUGAUUGGGGGAUCUUUUACUUGGUUUCACAACCAUUCUUUUCCUCUCUUGUGCAGGUUAGAUAGAUUCUUGUUCGACCAUCUUUUUGAGGAGGCAUAUCCAAAUGCUCUUCAAAUCGCAGACCCUGAAGUACGUUCAAUAAUUGAUAGUGAGAAGAAUCGUCAGUUUAACAGCUUGGAGCUCAUUGCUUCAGAGAAUUUUACAUCUCGCACAGUGAUGGAAGAUGUGGGUUCUUGUCUCACAAACAAGUAUUCAGAAGGGCUUCAUGGUAAAAGGUACUAUGGUGGCAAUGAGUACAUUGAUGAGCUAGAGACACUUUGUCAACAAAGGGCUUUGGCUGCAUUUCACUUAGACCCAAAGAAAUGGGGAGUUAAUGUCCAACCUCUGUCUGGUUCUCCUGCUAACUUUGAAGUUUACACUGCACUUCUCAACCCACAUGACCGUAUUAUGGGUCUGGAUCUUCCUCAUGGAGGUCACUUGUCACAUGGAUUUAUGACUCCUAAAAGACGGGUAUCUGGGACUUCGAUUUAUUUUGAAUCGAUGCCCUACCGUCUUGAUGAAUCAACAGGCCUUAUUGAUUAUGAUAUGCUUAAGAAAACUGCCACCCUCUUUCGACCAAAACUCAUCAUUGUUGGUGCUAGUGCUUAUCCUCGUGAUUUCGAUUAUCCUCGAAUGAUAAAGAUUGCAGAUUCUGUUGGGGCUUUUCUCAUGAUGGAUAUGGCUCACAUAAGUGGUCUCGUUGCUGCAUCUGUACUUGCCGACCCAUUUGAAUACUGUGAUGUUGUAACAACCACCACUCACAAGUCAUUACGAGGUCCCAGAGGUGGCAUGAUUUUCUUCAAGAAAGAUCCUGUUCUUUGGGUUGAUAUGGAAUCUGCGAUUAACAAUGCUGUUUUCCCAGGG